AUGUCUGAACUGGGUUCUGGCUGCCGUGUUCAUACCAUGUCUGAACUGGGUUUUGGCUGCCAUGUUGCAGCCCAGAGAAGCUCACAACAGGGUCCAGAGAUGGCAUCAGUGAAGCUGGAAGACUGCAGUCAAACAGUGGAACUCAAUGUGAUUGUCAAAGAGGAGGAGGAGGAGCGAGAAAUCGAGGAGGAGGAGGAAGAAGAGGAUGAGGAAGAUAAUGACAUUGACUCUGAUAUGGAAGAAGAGGAGGACCAGAAAGGAGGAGGUGUGGCUAACCCAGGGCUUGUUAUUGUUAAAAGAGAGGAUGAGGAGGAGAGGGACAGAGAGAAGGAUGAAGAGGAGGAGGAGGAAGGUGUGGAUAGGACCAAGCCAGGUAAUCACUGAUCAGAACAUGCAUCCAGAGGAGGAGGUGGGGGAUGGAGAGGAGGAGGAAGGUAUAGAUGGGAC